AUGCGCACUCUCGCUCGCCUCCCUGCCAGCGGUGGGAACGCAUUGCCCAAUGGAAACUUCGUUCGGCGUCUCCGUCCCGCCCCCUUCGCCCUUACCUUAUUUCCGCUUCCGGCGCGGAGCUGUAGUUUCAAGAUGGUGGCGGCGGCGGUGAGUGCGUCUCGGAUGUCCCGGCUGCUCGGCCGGGUCCUCCCACGCGUGGGGCGGCCCAUGUCGAGUGGCGCCCACGGCGAGGAGGGUUCAGCUCGCCUGUGGAAGGCCCUCACCUUCUUCGUGGCGCUGCCCGGGGUGGGAGUGAGCAUGCUCAACGUUUUCCUGAAGACGCGACACGAAGAGCACGUGAGACCCGAGUUCGUCGCCUACCCCCAUCUCCGCAUCAGAACCAAGCCCUUCCCCUGGGGAGAUGGUAACCAUACCCUCUUCCACAACCCCCAUGUGAAUGCACUUCCGACGGGCUAUGAAGAUGAGUAAAGAAAACCUGGAUUUCCCCCAGGCAACAAGGGACCACAGCACUGGUUUGGACCAUUAUUCUGUGUGUGGACCACGAAGGCAUUUUGGAUGCUAAGCUCAUCUUUCCUUGUAUCAAAUGGUGACCAAUACACUGAUCUUCCAUCCCUUUGCCUUUAAGAGGAGAUGGCUUAAAUAAAUAACUUAAACUUA